GGUGUAUAUAAAUCAAACCAGUGUCGACUCUUUCCUCCUUCAUUCAUUCUUUCACUUCCACCGUUUCACCCGACCCGGGAGGCUCCGAUACCCGAAAACCCGAUUCCCACAAUCCUUCAUCCUCUGUAGACUUUUCAUGCUCUGAGCUCCUCCGAGCUCCCCCGCUACUCCUCCACCAUGGCCGGCGAUAAGGCCAUCAGCCUCGAAGAGAUAAAAAACGAGUCCGUCGAUCUGGAACGGAUUCCGGUAGAGGAAGUCUUUGAGCAGCUGAAAUGUACAAAAGAAGGUCUGACUGGAGAAGAAGGAGCCAGCAGGCUUCAAGUCUUUGGACCAAACAAACUAGAAGAGAAAAAGGAGAGCAAACUGCUCAAGUUCUUGGGAUUUAUGUGGAAUCCUUUGUCAUGGGUCAUGGAAGCUGCUGCUCUGAUGGCUAUUGCCUUGGCAAAUGGUGGUGGAAAGCCUCCUGAUUGGCAGGACUUUGUUGGCAUUGUUGUUCUUCUGGUCAUUAACUCUACUAUCAGUUUCAUCGAAGAAAACAAUGCUGGUAAUGCUGCUGCAGCCCUUAUGGCCGGUCUAGCUCCCAAGACUAAGGUUCUUAGAGAUGGUCGAUGGACUGAGCAAGAUGCUUCAAUUUUGGUGCCUGGAGACAUAAUCAGUAUCAAAUUGGGAGAUAUUGUUCCUGCUGAUGCCCGCCUUCUCGAGGGUGAUCCUUUGAAAAUUGAUCAAUCUGCCCUUACUGGGGAGUCCCUUCCUGUUACUAAGAAUCCUUCGGAUGAAGUGUUUUCUGGCUCAACAUGUAAACAGGGUGAAAUUGAAGCAGUUGUUAUCGCUACUGGUGUGCACACCUUCUUUGGCAAGGCUGCACAUCUGGUGGACAACACCAAUCAAGUUGGGCACUUCCAGAAAGUUCUCACUGCCAUCGGGAACUUCUGCAUUUGUUCAAUUGCUGUGGGGAUACUAAUUGAGAUAAUAGUAAUGUACCCAAUACAGAAGCGCAAGUACAGGCAAGGGAUUGAUAAUUUGCUGGUUCUCUUGAUUGGAGGAAUCCCAAUUGCCAUGCCAACUGUUUUAUCAGUCACCAUGGCUAUUGGCUCCCACAGGCUUUCACAGCAAGGAGCUAUCACCAAGAGAAUGACUGCCAUUGAGGAAAUGGCUGGCAUGGACGUCCUCUGCAGUGAUAAGACUGGGACUUUGACCCUGAACAAGCUCUCAGUUGAUAGAAAUCUGAUUGAAGUGUUUGCCAAGGGUGUGGAGAAAGAGCAUGUUAUGCUUCUUGCAGCAAGGGCUUCUAGGACUGAAAAUCAGGAUGCUAUUGAUGCUGCAAUUGUAGGAAUGCUUGCUGAUCCUAAGGAGGCACGAGCUGGUAUAAGAGAAGUCCAUUUCCUACCUUUCAACCCUGUAGACAAGAGGACUGCUCUUACCUACAUCGAUUCUGAUGGAAAUUGGCAUCGCGCUAGUAAAGGUGCCCCUGAGCAGAUAUUAACCCUAUGCAACUGCAAGGAAGAUUUCAAGAAAAAGGUGCAUGGGGUGAUUGAUAAGUUUGCUGAACGUGGACUUCGUUCUCUGGGUGUUGCAAGACAGCAAGUACCAGAGAAAACAAAAGAGAGUCCUGGGACACCAUGGCAGUUCGUUGGUUUAUUGCCGUUAUUUGAUCCUCCCAGGCAUGACAGUGCAGAAACAAUUCGCAGGGCUCUCAAUCUCGGUGUGAAUGUGAAGAUGAUUACAGGGGAUCAGCUUGCCAUUGGCAAGGAAACUGGAAGGAGGCUUGGUAUGGGAACAAACAUGUACCCAUCUUCCGCAUUGCUUGGCCAAGACAAGGAUGCGGCCAUAGCUUCCCUCCCUGUGGACGAGUUGAUUGAGAAGGCUGAUGGAUUUGCUGGAGUAUUUCCUGAACACAAAUAUGAAAUUGUAAAGAGGCUGCAAGAGAGGAAGCACAUCUGUGGAAUGACUGGAGAUGGUGUCAAUGACGCUCCUGCUUUGAAAAAAGCAGAUAUUGGUAUUGCCGUAGCUGAUGCUACUGAUGCUGCAAGAGGUGCUUCAGAUAUUGUUCUCACUGAACCAGGGCUAAGUGUGAUCAUAAGUGCAGUACUGACAAGCAGAGCCAUAUUCCAGAGGAUGAAGAACUAUACUAUCUAUGCUGUUUCAAUUACCAUACGUAUAGUGUUUGGAUUUAUGUUAAUUGCUUUGAUAUGGAAGUUUGACUUUGCACCCUUCAUGGUAUUGAUCAUCGCCAUCCUAAAUGACGGAACUAUCAUGACAAUCUCAAAGGAUCGAGUGAAGCCAUCUCCACAACCAGACAGCUGGAAACUGAAGGAGAUCUUUGCUACUGGCAUUGUCCUUGGAGGUUACUUGGCACUAAUGACAGUAGUGUUCUUCUGGCUUAUGAAUGAUACCGACUUCUUCUCGGAAAAGUUUCAUGUGAGAUCUUUGAGGGAUAGGCCUGAGCAAAUGAUGGCGGCGUUGUACUUACAAGUGAGUAUUGUGAGCCAAGCCCUUAUUUUCGUCACAAGGUCACGUAGCUGGUCUUUUGUUGAACGCCCUGGACUUCUCUUACUUGGAGCUUUCAUGAUUGCUCAACUGGUUGCGACUCUCAUAGCAGUCUAUGCAAACUGGGGUUUUGCACGGAUAAAGGGAGCUGGCUGGGGGUGGGCUGGUGUCAUCUGGCUUUACAGUAUAGUGACAUAUGUCCCUCUUGACUUUCUUAAAUUCGCAAUCCGAUACAUUCAAAGUGGAAAAGCGUGGAAUAAUCUUUUGGAGAACAAGACUGCCUUCACUACAAAGAAAGAUUAUGGAAAAGAGGAGAGAGAAGCACAGUGGGCUGCAGCACAGAGGACCCUUCAUGGUCUUCAGCCACCUGAAACAAACAACCUUUUCAAUGAGAGGAACAGUUACAGGGAGCUUUCCGAGAUUGCAGAACAAGCCAAGCGGAGGGCUGAGGUUGCAAGGCUUCGUGAGUUGACUACUCUGAAGGGCCAUGUUGAAUCAGUUGUGAAGCUCAAAGGGCUAGACAUCGAUACAAUUCAACAACAUUAUACAGUUUGAAGAGCGAGUAGCAAAAGUUAAUGACGAUGAUGAUGAAGCGCUUAGCAAUAACUUUGUGUCUUUAGAGUAGGUUGCAGCUAGUUUACUUUCGAUGUUAAAUUUGGCCAGAGGAUUAUCCUCUUUUGUAGCCAAAUAACAUGAAGUUUACAGUUUGGUUGUUUUUACUCAAAUAUCGGCUUUUCAAAGUGAAAGCUGCUGCGUAUGCUUUUGCAUUAUUACUGUACAGAGUAGGAGAAUACAGAACAAGUAAUAAGGAAGGAUCCAAUAUUAAAUUUGCAAAACUCAUGUUGGAAUUUUUAU